CUUUUCCUCACUGAUCUCCUUCUUCCCCCUUCCUCUCUGCAAAGCAAAUCUCACUUCAGCUCAGACUCUCUCUCUCUCUCUCUCUCUCUCUAUACAUCAAAUCUCGAGCUUGCGGUCGGAAUGGCUGGUUACAGAGCGGAGGACGACUACGACUACCUCUUCAAGGUGGUCCUCAUCGGCGACUCCGGCGUCGGCAAGUCCAACCUCCUCUCCCGCUUCACCAAGAACGAGUUCAACCUCGAGUCCAAGUCCACCAUUGGCGUCGAGUUCGCCACCCGCACCCUCACCGUCGACGGCAAGGUCAUUAAGGCUCAGAUUUGGGAUACCGCCGGUCAAGAGAGAUACCGAGCAAUCACUAGCGCAUAUUACCGUGGGGCCGUGGGUGCGCUCCUUGUCUAUGAUGUGACUCGCCACGCAACCUUUGAGAAUGUGGACAGGUGGCUCAACGAAUUGAGGAAUCACACCGAUCCAAACAUUGUGGUAUUGCUUGUUGGGAACAAGUCCGACCUGCGCCACCUCACUGCAGUCCCCACAGAGGAUGGGACCUCCUAUGCAGAGCGGGAGUCCCUCUACUUCAUGGAGACCUCCGCCCUUGAAGCAACUAAUGUGGAGAAAGCAUUUGCUGAAGUUCUCACUCAGAUUUACCGAGUUGUGAGCAAGAAAUCAGUUGAGAGUGAUGACGGGUCUGCCCCUAGUGUCCCAUCCAAGGGUGAGAAAAUUAACAUCAAGGAUGAUGUGUCAGCUAUGAAGAAGGUCGGUUGCUGCUCGAGCUGAAGAUUUGUUUUGUUGCAAGAAUUAAAUUCAAGCUGCUUCUGUAUCAUCAACCAUCAUUCCUUUUAAUGAAAGCCUAUAGGGCCCUAAGAAGAAUUACUCUCGAGAACAGAACUAUAGGAAAAGCGAAUUUGACAACUAAACAUAUUAUUUCGGGGAUGAUGAUGUUGUUUUUGUGUAGUUAAGGAGCAGAGAGAGCAUUGUCUUCUCUGCUCAUGAAUAGUUUUUGACUUGCAAUAUUAAUCCGCUCGCUUUCUGUUAUGGAGCUCUAGUUCUUUUUGUCUGUGUAUC